UAUAUAUGUGUGUGUGUAUAUCAUGUAAUUUAUUUUGUCUGCUACAAAUUAAUUUGAUCGUGCACUGCGCAUUAUGUGUGUGUCAUUAAUAGGAAAUGGUUGAUAACUACUUCCUUUGUUAUUUCAGACGCGCAUUAUCAAGCUAAUUAGAAGCUAAUUAACGUCUAUAGCGAAAAUGAUAAGUUAAUCUCUCUUUCUCGAAACAUUUUCGCAUGCCUGUUGUAGUUCAUAUAAUGUUACUUAAAUAUCGAUAUAAAUAUAAUUAUAAACGUAUGACCGCGCACGAUAGAAACGUAUAUGAGUUGUUUUCACAGAUACAUGCACUAUAUACAAAUAAUUUAUGCAUUAUACAAAUGUUUAAUCCGUUGGCCUACUUUUCAUCUUUCUCAUUUAUCAAGUAGAACCUGAAUUUAUCACUUAUCCGUUUCCUUUUAAAAGCAGAUAUAUAAAAGCAACGUGCUAAGCGCCCUUCUCGUUAAAAGUGUUAUUUGGCCAGUAGCAGAAGGUCUUGUUGGAAAUACAAAUGUGAAGCAACUUUUUAGGCACGUGGACACUCGUAAAAUUGUAGCACACUUUUAACAUGGUGCUGUUACAGAAACUCGGUUGUUUAUUCUUAUCGAUUAUCGUUACGAGCAAUAUAUUAUGUGGAUAUGGAUACUCGAAGACACAAGAAAUAAAAGAAACGGAGGAUAUGGUAAAUGAUGCUGCAAACACAUCAGCUAACGUUAAUUUUUAUAACGUUAAGAGUCGCAAAGGUAGUGGAAGACGUGUAUUCGCGGGAGGCUGUACUCGUAUACCGAAUACACCUGUAAAUGGUAGAAUUGCGUGCUCUACGAACAGUGGCUGCAUUGCAAGUUGCGCGCCAGACUACAAAUUUCCAAAUGGAGCACGUCAAUUGACGGUUACUUGCAUCGAUAAAGAAUGGCAUAUUCGAGGGACCGAAUGGAGUUCGAUACCGCAUUGUGAACCGAUUUGCAUGCCUGAAUGUCAAAAUAACGGGAUAUGCAUUGCGCCUCACCAGUGUGACUGUCCUCAGCAUUUUGCUGGCCCCCAGUGUCAAUUCGAGGAUAAACCAUGCUUGAAUCAUCUGCCGCCAGCACUUAAUUCUUAUAGGAAAUGUAGUUCGAAUUUAUGCACCAUAUCUUGCAUGAAAAACUUUACCUUUCCCGAUGGUUCUUCCGUUGCCAAUUUGAUCUGUAAGAAUGGGAGCUGGAAGCCAACUAGAGACGAUUGGGUAUCAAUUCCAGAUUGCGAACCCGUGUGUAAUCCACACUGUCAGAACGGUGGAAUUUGUUUGCCGAUGAAUCUAUGCCAAUGUCCGCAAAAUUAUCGAGGGGCUCAAUGUCAAUAUUCUGCUGACGCCUGCGAAGCAAAGAACUUACGCUUCAAUGGCGGUUACGAUUGCACCGACUCCGGCGACAAGUUUUCAUGUACGUUGAAUUGUCCGACGGAAUCGCAGUUCGAAUUUUCACCUGCCGUAACAUACACUUGCACCUAUGACACGGGCAUCUUUAAACCGCAGCCGAUACCGCAGUGCAAGAUGAAUUAUAACUCGAAGAUUGUCUCGCGCGAUACUUCUUACAAUACAUACGAACGAGAAAUUAAUCACUCCUGGACAUCACAAGAUUUCUUCAGCGGCACAACAAAAAGUUUGCCAGAGUUUCAUAAUGUUGAUGACAACAGCAUGACUUUGAAUACGAUGAUCGUCAAGGCUAAUCCAUCCACAAAACCAAAAAUAUGCUUCACCUGGGGCGGUGCACACUACAAGACCUUUGACGACAAGAUCUACAGCUUCGACAGCAACUGCCCGCAUGUGUUUUUCCGGGAGACACAGGAUGACGUCUGUACGAUCUUGACACUGAAUACUCCAGGUUGCAAAACAACGAAUGGCCGUUGCUUCAAAAUUGUGAAGCUGUUCGUAGACGACAAGGAGUACACAUUGGCCAACGACGAAACGGGUCUACCGACAUUUUCUAGUAAGAAACGGCUGCUACCUAUACCGGCGUACUUACCCGGAUUACGUGUGGACAAAUCUGCACACUUCAUCCUCGUUUCCCUCGAUUCGCUGGGUAUAAAGCUGAAGUGGGAUGGAUCCAUGCUGUUGCAAAUCGAAGCCUCCGAGAAUAUGUGGAACAAAACAGCCGGUCUAUGCGGUACGAUAAACGAUGAUCCAGGGGAUGAUUUCUUGACUAAGAGCGGUACUCGUACUAAAAAUAUCGGUACCUUGGCAGAUUCUUGGCGAGUCGACAACAUCGAAGAAACAUGCGACGAACCUUCGAAAACGCAACAUGCAUGCGAAGUGAAAAAUGAGUUCGCCCAAGACGCUUUGAACUUCUGCACCGAGCUACUUUUCAAUCGUAAAUUCAAGCCUUGCGCUCAUACGAUAAAAAUUUCUAAGCUGAUAGAGGCAUGUGUAUGGGAUUAUUGCGCGUGUAGAGACAGUGACAGAAGGAAAUGUUCCUGCAAUACCAUGGACGUCUAUAUGCGCCAGUGCAUUCACAAGGGAGUUGUAGUGUCAACUGCGUGGAGAAACAACGACACUUGUCCGAUUUCCUGCAAGAAUGGACGAAUAUACAUGUCAUGCGGACCGAAGGUGGAAGCAUCCUGUUCUUCCGGUCUCGAGCCGAAGAGCGAAAGUCCUGAAUGCGAGGAAGGUUGUUUCUGUCCGGCAGGCACUCUGGAGCACCAAGGUGGAUGCAUCAUACCGGAUCAAUGUCCGUGUAAAUUGAGGGGCAAACUGUUCGAGCCAGGAACGAGCGUGCCGAAGGGUUGCAAUACUUGUACCUGCACUGCUGGAAAAUGGAUAUGCACGCAGGUGCAAUGUAGCGCUAGAUGCUCUGUCUUGGGGGAUCCUCAUUAUACUACCUUCGAUAGCAAGCACUACAAUUUCAUGGGAAAAUGCAAAUACUAUUUGAUGAAGGGAGAAAACUACACGAUCGAAACUGAAAAUGUCCAAUGUUCCGGGGCGAUAUCCGAGAGCAUGGGUUUCGUCCCCGUGGAUUCCCCAUCGUGUACCAAGGCUGUUACAAUCCGUCUUGGGAAUACUUUUAUAAAAUUGAAGCAAAAUCGUCAGAUUACAGUGAACGGCGACGAAGUGACGAAAUUCCCGAUGCAGAUUGACGGUGCUCGAAUACGACUCGCGAGCAGUAUAUUCCUGGCGAUUAAUUUACCCAAUGAUUUGGAGGUAUGGUGGGACGGUAUGGCACGCGUUUAUAUCAAUGCUCCGGCAAAGUUCCACGGUCAAACAAAAGGACUCUGUGGAACAUUUUCUGGAAAUCAAAAGGACGAUUUUGUAACACCCGACGGUGACGUUGAAACCACGGUGAUUGCCUUCGCGAAUAAAUGGAAAGUGAACAAAUAUUGCAUCGACGAAUCCGUGAACGAGCCGAAGCAUCCCUGCGAGUUGAAUCCUCAAAAACGAGCAGCAGCGGAGGAAUACUGUUCCAAAAUACACACCGAUAUUUUUUCAGGGUGCCAUUGGCACGUUGAUCCGACGGAGUUUUACCGGGAUUGCAUGUACGAUAUGUGCGCAUGUGAUACCGAUGUUAAAUCGUGCCUUUGUCCGAUGUUAGCUGCGUACGCGAAGGAUUGUGCGGCGCUAGGCGUGAAACUUUCGUGGCGUUUGGAAAUUGACGAGUGCAAGGUUCAUUGCAGCGGCGGUCAGACCUAUCAGAUCUGUGGAAAUAGCUGCACGAGGUCGUGCGAGGACAUAUCUUUUUACCAGGACUGCAAACAAGAGUGCGCAGAGGGAUGCAAUUGCCCCGAAGGUCAAACACUAGAUGCGAACGGCGAGUGCAUCCCGAUCGCUGAGUGUUCCUGCACACACGCGGGUCGCAAGUACAAGUCUAAUCAUCGGGAAGUAAGGCCGGGUAAUAAGGGACAAGAAUAUUGUACUUGCAUAGGCGGUGUAUGGGACUGCCGUUCAGCAACACCGCAAGAAAUUCGAGAUUAUCCAUCGAUGACGGGGCUACUCUCUACCUGCGUCAGCAGCAAGCAUCUCGAGGUGACGGAUUGCGAGCCGGUGGAACGGAGAACUUGCAGCAACAUGCACAUACCGGUGGACGAGCGUAGUCCAGCAGUGUGCACGUCCGGUUGCAUCUGCGAGGCCGGAUACGUCCUAGACGUGCCGAACGGCAUUUGCAUCCCGGAGAAAGACUGCCCGUGUCAUCACGGUGGAAAGAGUUACAAAGAAGGCUCGGUCAUUCAAGCUGAAUGUAACACUUGCACGUGCGAGGGCACCAAGUGGAAAUGUACGGAUAGAAUAUGCGCAGGAGUCUGUUCUGUAUGGGGCGACUCGCACUACAAGACGUUCGACGGUAAGAUGUACGAUUUCCAAGGUAUAUGCGAUUACAUUCUGGUAAAGAGCAAGAUGAGUAAGGAGGAGUCGUUCGACAUCUCGAUUCAGAAUGUACCGUGCGGUACGAACGGCGUCGCAUGCUCGAAAUCGAUCACACUCUUAGUGGGAAACGGUGAACAGCGAGAAGAACUCGUCCUAACGAAGGGGAAGAAGAUACCGGAAGGGCCCUUCAAAAGGAUGACAAUCAGGACCGCUGAGCUCUUCGUGUUUGUCGAUGUACCAGACUUGAGAUUGGUGUUGCAGUGGGAUAAAGGCACCAGAGCUUACGUGAGAUUAGAUCCGGAAUGGAAGGGCCGUACGAUGGGCCUGUGCGGCGAUUACAACGAUAACGCCGAGGACGACUUCAAAACACCGUCCGGCGGUAUAUCCGAAGCCUCCGUCAACUUGUUCGGUGACUCGUGGAAGAAGGACACGUUCUGCCCGGAACCGAAGGACGUCCCGGACGCGUGCGAGCAGCACCCGGGGCGCAAGCUGUGGUCGCUACGACGGUGCAGCGUGCUGAAAUCAUCGGUGUUCUCACCGUGUCACUCGGAAGUCGAGGUCGAACCGUACGUGCGUAACUGUAUCUUCGAUACGUGCAGCUGCGACUCCGGCGGCGACUGCGAAUGCCUGUGCACAGCGUUGGCCGCGUACGCGUACGAGUGCAAUGUGAAGGGUGUGCCGGUGAAGUGGCGUACGCAGGAACUCUGCCCGUUGCAAUGUAACGAGGAGCUGAGCACAUAUUCGCCUUGCAUCUCGACAUGCCCGCGCGAGACGUGCGACAACCUGAUGACUGUGAGGGACGGCUCUCACUUGUGCGCCGAGGACACGUGCGUCGAGGGCUGCCAAUUUAGGCCGUGUCCGGAGGGCCAGGUGUAUCGGAACGCUACCUACACGGAAUGCACACCGAGGUCGACGUGCAGGACGCCGUUUUGCGCAGAGAUCGACGGAGUGACAUACCACGAGGGUGAUCGAGCCGGAGGUGACGAUUGUCAGAGCUGUUUCUGCAGUCGCGGUAAGGUGACAUGCAAAGGAGAACCUUGCACCACUAGCCUCACCGGCAGGCCCGUCACUGUGCCCCAGGUAGAGUCGCAGAGAUGCGUAGACGGGUGGUCCAAAUGGAUCAACAAGGACACAGCGGUGUAUAAGGAGGAAAUAGACGCGGAGCCAUUGCCGGACUUGAUGGACCUCGAUAACACCAACGGAUUCGCGAUGUGCGACAGGGAACAUAUGGUCGAUAUAAGAUGCAGGUCCGUGAUGCAGCACCUGAGCCCGAAACAGAGCGGUCUGGACGUGGAGUGCAGUCUGGAGCGCGGUCUGUACUGUCGGCCGACUUCGGGUUCGCCUUGCAUAGAUUUCGAGAUCAGCGUGUUGUGUCGCUGUUCCAGCGACGAAACGACGAUGGAGCCACCGACGGUGUAUGACCACCGAGGCACGACGACGCAAGUUAGUACGAACAAAACGAGCGAAACGUGCGAUACGGCGCGCCCCAAUUCACCGCAUCCGACCGACUGUCGGUUGUUCUAUCACUGCGUGCCCACGGUGACCGGUCAUGGACCGGCGGAGUUGAUCGAGAAGUCGUGCGGUCCUGGCACUCUGUACGAUGUGAAGGCGCAGGUGUGCAACCUGCCUGCAGAAGUCCUGCGGACACGACCAGAGUGCUCGGUCGAGCAAGCUACGCUGAGUAAGAGCGAAUGGAGCACGACCAACCGUGCCGGGAUUGAGAGCAGCGCGACGAUACCAACGACAUCGGUGAAGAAGACGGUGUCGACUGAGAAGGCGUGCCAAGACGGCGAGACAUGGAGCGAGUGCGCCAUUCGGUGCACAAAGGCGUGUCAUUAUUACCGUUACAGCCUGACGUCGCGAGGUCACUGCAACGAGGGUGCAGACUGCGUCGCUGGAUGCGUAUCGGUCGAGCGGCCGACGUGCUCCCCGCACAGAUAUUGGAGAGACAGCGUCACCUGCGUGGGCGCGGACGAAUGCCCAUGCGAGUCUCACGAUGGGAGCUUGGUCGCGCCCGGUGCCGUCAGGAAGGAGUCCGAUUGCGACACUUGCCAGUGCAUCAACAAUUAUUACACCUGCGACCGCGCGUCGUUCUGCGGCAACGCGACCACGAGCUACGAAGAACGGCCGCUCGGCGGAACGUCCGGCAUGCCAAGUCAAGCCGUUACCGUCGAGCAACUGCCCGAGUUCACCGAGUCGCCGGAGUAUUAUGAGUGGAGUGUCACGUCGCCGGUCGAGGAAUACACGUUUCUUCUGCACAGCACAGUUUCGCCGCCCGCGGACUGCGACGAGGUGCACUACGUGCCGCUGAUACUGAGCCAGCUCGAGAAAGUGAUCGUCCACGCUAGCAGCAGCAAAUUCCCUGUGCUUCGGCCCGAGAAUCUAUCCGUGCACGCGCCGGGUACCUCAUCGCCCGAGAUCGGCUCCUGGGAAGCAAAAGUGAACGACGCGCGUCAGUGGCUGGCCAUUGAGUUCGAUAGACUCGAGCCAGUUUACGGCGUGAUACUGCAAGGUGCCGUGACCGAGGAUAAAUUCGUCACCAGUUACAAGGUGCUCUUCUCGGAGGACGGUCAGACCUUCUCGCACAUGCUCGACCGUGAGAAGCGACCGCGUGUGUUCAGAGGACCCAUCGACAGAAGCCAGUCCGUAAAACAGAUAUUUGACCAACCCAUCGAAGCGAAGACGAUACGCAUCGAACCGUUGACAUGGCACAACGGGAUAGCGGUCAGGGCGGACGUGUUGGGAUGUCGGGAUCGCACGAUGACGUCCAUACGGACGUCCACGGAGCUUCCUAUCGUGGUGAAGACUACAGUCUCCGAGAAGUCCACGGCGAAGCCGGUGUGCGACGAUCCGAUGGGAUUGGACAACAACUCGAUGACCAUCGGGCAGGUUUCGGUGUCGAGUUCUCCGCAGCUGACUCAGCACCUUCCGUUAUCCUCGGCAAGUGCGUGGCGUCCGGCUUUGGACAAUCCGCAUCAGUACGUCCAGUUUGACUUUCUGGAGCCUCGAAACUUGACCGGAGUCACAACGAAGGGAGGCGACGGUGCUUGGACGACCGCUUACAAGAUAUUCUACAGCAACGACAAGCAUCACUGGAAUCCGAUCAUCGACGAGGACGGUAACGUGAGGGAGUUUCUCGGCAAUUUCGACGCUCAGAGCCUGAAGACUAAUUUGUUCGAGAAACCGUUGCGCGCGAGGUACAUGAAGCUACAACCUACCAAAUGGCACGAGCACGUUGCGUUGAAGGCCGAACCCCUCGGUUGUUACUCGGCGUACCCGCCCACGUCGUCAGAGACAUCCGAAUCGACGAGUCCGUCGUCGUUGGAGCGUUGGAGGUGCAACGUGUGCGACGGAAUCGAACGGAUGCCAAACGACGAGGGAUGCAGGUGCAAGGAUCCCUACUGGUGGGACAGCGAAUCGUGCGUACCGAAGCGAGAAUGCCCCUGCAUAGUCGGGCAUGUGUCUUACGCGGUAGGCUCAAUCUACAGAACCGAGGAUUGUCAGGAGUGUGUCUGCACUAUGGGCGGAACAGCCGCUUGUAUGCCGAGAAAAUGCGAGCCAUGCGGAGAACCGGGUAUGCGGUCGGUCGUCAGUGAAUUGUGCACCUGUUUGUGCAAGCCUUGCCCGGCAGGAACCAGGCACUGUCCUACGAGCGACGUGUGCAUCAACGAAGCAGCGUGGUGCAACGGCGUGCAGGAUUGUCCAGACGACGAGAUGGAUUGCGAGCAAAUCCACGCCGUGACGGUGAUUAAAUCAGAGGCGACUCCGAGGCCGACCGAGAUUAGCCCGUCAUUGUGCGAAGAGCCGUCGUGUCCUCCGGAUUACAGGAUAGUCUUCGCGUCGUCCCAACGCGACGAAUCGUUACGUGACAAUGUUAAAGGCUACUCGAAGAGGAGGAUGAAGCCCUCCGCAGUCAAGGGUUCCAGUCAGAGGAAGGUCAAGGAACACAGGAGACCACCGCCGAUUGUGUUCCGCAAUCACCCGACGAAAGACACACAUCAACAUCAAUCGUCGACAGCGGAGAACGUUCAAUGUCCCGAGUUCACCUGCGCGCCCACGAAAUUCCCGCCCAUUCAUCCCGGUUCAGGCAAGAGGCCGGAAAAGUGUCCGGAGGCGUCGUGCCCGCCGAACUACGAGAUUGUCUACGAGAAGAUGAGCAUGUACAAGUUACACAAGUGUCCUAAAUACGCCUGUAGACCGCCGAUGCCGGAGGUGGCGCACUGUAACAUCACCGGGCGGACCCUCAACACGUUCGACAAUCUGGAAUACAAGUAUGACGUCUGCGAUCACAUAUUGGCCCGCGACAUGUACGGCAACAAGUGGUACGUCACCCUGGAAGAACGGUGCGACUCACCCGGCCGACCGUGCAUGCGAGUCUUGGUGGUGGUGCUAAACAAUCGCGCAAUCGUGUUAUAUCCGGACUUGCACAUGGACGUCGAUGCGUACAGCUUCACGGCCGGGCAAGUCGCGCGCCUCGGCAAUCGUUUCCCUGACUUCAGGCUGUCUCGCAUGGGCGACAGUAUCGUCCUGCUGCUCUCGCAUCAGGGCUUCUGGGUCACCUGGGACUCCGCCGCGAACGCGAAGAUCAGCGUCGUUUCGAAGUUGGCAGGUAGAAUAGACGGUUUGUGCGGAUACUACGACGGCAAUAUCGCGAACGACCGGCAGACACCGGAGGGCAAACAAGCAAGUAGCACCGUUCAAUUCGGUGACAGCUGGAUGACCGAGGGCGCAACGCUAGCUUGCGACUCGCAGGUAUGUCCGCGUGACGUUCAAGGGCAAGCCUGGACGAUCUGCAACUCCGUAAGAAGCCCGACGCUGAUGGACGCGUGCUCCGCGGUAGUCGACACCGACAGAUUCGUGUCCCGCUGCGUGGAGAACUCGUGCACGUGCUUGCGCGGCAACAGCUCCUACGAGGACUGCCGAUGUCGUCUGCUGACGAGCUUCGUCAGCGAAUGCGAGGCAGCCGUGCCCGGUGCUGACUUGUCCGAUUGGAGGAGGAUUCACGAUUGUCCGGCCAGCUGUCCGCCGCCGUUCGUUCAUCGAGACUGUUACCGUAACAAAUGCGAGCUCACCUGCGACAAUCUGCACGAGCUGGAGCCGUGUCCGACGAUGCGGGGCGUGUGCUUCCCCGGCUGCUUCUGCCCGGAGGGCUUGGUGCGCCAGAACGACAAGUGCGUACCGCCGGUGCAGUGUCGGGAUUGCGUAUGCGACAGCCUCGGUGACUCCAAGUUCAUCAGCUUCGAUCGCAAGGACUUCAGUUUCAUCGGGAACUGCACCUACAUUCUGUCCAGGAACGUCGCAGCCGACGCGAAAGGUUGGGACGGGCCUCACGCGUAUCAGAUUCUAAUCAGUAACGGGAACUGCGCUCUCGGCGCGUGCACAGAGGCCGUUACGCUUCUUCACGCAAAGCACACGGUGCGAAUAGAGCGUGCGGAUCUCGGAUCGAAGGAGCUGCGAAUCUCCGUCGACGACUCCCGAAUAGCCGAAUUCCCAUACAAUCGCACGUGGAUCACGUUGGAUCACGAGACGACCGCGAGAGACGUAUCUCUGUUGCUGCCGGCCAUCCAGCUGGAGCUCGUCGUCUUCCGGCAGAACUUUGCGUUCACCCUCAAGCUCCCGUCGCACAUCUUCGACGACGCUACCGAGGGUCUCUGCGGCAGCUGCAAUGCCGAUACCGAGGCUGGUUUCAGGAAGCGCGACGGCGGGAUUACCGAUAACGUCGAACAGUUCGGUCAAUCUUGGCUGGCUGACGAUCCGUCGAUGGAGUCGAGCUUGAAUGAUGAAACAUGCUCCGGUGAUGAGCGGCGAGUACGAUGCGCGCCUCCACCAGCAGAUCAGGAUGUUUGUAGAAAGCUCUUGGAUUUAGUCGAGUUCCAGCGGUGCCACAGUAUCGUCGAUCCGAAACCAUACUUGGACUGCUGUCACGACGCGUUAUGCAUCGGUGGAAACUACUGCGACAGUUUGGAGAUGUAUGCGAGGAAGUGUUCGGAUGUUGCUUUGUGCCCAGCUUGGAGAACCGACGACAUUUGUCCGUACGAAUGUCCUAGAGAUCUCGUCUAUCAACCAUGCGUUGUUGGUUGCAAAGAAACGUGCGAUACUCCGAGCGACGAAAAGUGCUCAUCCGAUCUUGUCGAGGGAUGCUUCUGCCCGAAGGACUACGUAUUUCACAAUGAUACCUGCGUACCAAGGAAGAACUGUCAUUACUGCGACAAAGACGGUCAUGUGAAAGGUGACGUUUGGCAUCCGGACAUAUGUACCGAAUGUAAAUGCGACGAUGGAGUUGUGAAUUGCCGGAAAACGGAGUGUCCUCUGUUGGACACGAUCUGUGAGGAGAACAUGACGCCCGUGCUUGUCAACGAGACUCGGGAAAAAUGUUGCGCCAAGUAUCUGUGUGUGUCGAAGCCUACAGCACCCGUAGUGUGCGUCGAGCCGCAGGAACCCGAGUGCGGCUUCGGUCAGAUCACAAAGACUAUUACCGGCACUGAUGGAUGUUACAAAAUCAUUUGUCAAUGUCUGCCUGAGAACGAAUGCCCCGUUGUCGAGGAUCUUACGAAUGAGAUUGAACUGGAGCCCGGUUUCGUGCAAGUAACGAAUACAUCCGGUUGCUGUCCGCGAUCGGCCAAAGUAUGCGAUCCGAGAACUUGUCCUUCAGCGCCUGACUGUCCAGAGUAUUACAACUUAACGACGACCACACGCACGGACAGUUGCUGCCCCAGUUAUGAAUGCGUACCUCCGAGGGAUAUUUGUCUGUACACAAGUGACGAAGAUCGAAGAUCGCACGAAGAUGGUACGAACGUAACAGCGAGAAAAAUUGGGGAAGAAUGGAAAGAUGGCAAAUGCAAGACGUGUAUAUGCGAGAAUUUAUACGAUGGUCCCAAAUCGAACUGUAUGAUUACGGAAUGUCCAAGUAUGUACGAGCAUCCUGAUGCAAACGACUAUGUAUGGAAGGAAAUACUAUUGGAUGACAAAUGCUGUCCAGUCUUUGAGCGUAGCGCUUGUAAAGAUGAAGACAAAAUCUAUAAUAUCGGCGAAAGUUGGAAACCCAAUGUUAAAGACGCUUGUGUCACGAUGGAAUGUAACCAACAAUCGGGCAGCAUCCAGAAGCAGGUCAAGGUCCAAGAAUGCAAUGUUGUAUGCGAUUUCGGUUAUAAAUAUCAACAGGCCAACGACACCACGGUUGAUUGCUGCGGGAAAUGCGUUCAAACCGCGUGUAUAGUAGAAGGCAUACUUAAGGAUGUAGGAGAAGAAUGGCAGUCGGGCGAUCAUUGCGUGACAUACUCUUGUGACUCCACGAGUGGAAGCGUGUACGUACGAGCGAGUACUAAAACUUGCCCAGAGAUUGACCCGGAAUUGAAAUCGGAAUUUGACGUAGAGACUCGCAAAGUUCGAGGCGAGUGUUGCCCAGAGAUUGUCAAAACGGCUUGUCGCAGUAAUGGGAAGAUAUAUCAGCCUGGGCAGAAGUGGAAAUCUCUCGUAAAUAGUUGUGUCACCGAGACUUGCACAACAGGCCCGAACAUAACGAAGCAUAAGGAAACUGAAGUGUGUUUAAAGCAGUGUGCUCAAGGAUGGUCAUACCAAGAACCCGAAGAAGGCAAAUGUUGCGGGGAGUGUAAGCAAACAUAUUGUGUAUAUGAAGAUACUUUAUACGCCCCUGAUAUGACAUGGUCAUCUGACGACAACUGCACCACUUAUAGUUGCUUAAGAGUGAACGAACAGCUAUCCGUUAGCGUGAGUCCAGCCGUUUGUCCCGAUAUAAAAGAUUGUCCUGAAGAAGCAAUAUAUAGUGACGAAUGUUGCAAACGAUGUAAACUGUCUGUUCUUGAUAAAUUGGCAGAGAAGAGCGAAUGCAAAUCAACUGUGAUGGACGCAAAGAGCACCUUAGGUAUACUAAUUGUGAAUCAUCCAUUAUAUGGAAUAUGUAAAAAUUUGAAUCUUAUCGAGGGUAUCAAACAGUGCAACGGAACAUGCAAAUCUUCCGCAUACUUCGAUAUUAAACACUGGAGAGAAGUGAAUGAUUGUCAAUGCUGUCAAGCAGAAGGGCAUACUGGCAUCAUCGUCGACUUAAUAUGCACAGAUGGUACAAGGUUGAAGAAGCAACUGGCAGUGCCAACUUCUUGUUCCUGCAAAAGUUGUGCUCUUUCAGACAUGAGAAAGGAAGAUAGAGAAACAAAGACCAAAGGUUAAUUUAUAAAAACUUUGAUUACUCUUCUUCGUUUGUGUAUUUCGAACGAUCAAAUAUUCUUGUAAUGUGAGAUAUGUUACAAAUAUAUAGAUUAUUACAAAUAAUUCUUCUGUAAUUUCUCAUUCAUGCUUCAUGCGGAUGAAGAAUUUAUAUUUCACGCGUUACUGUUUAUAAUCGUAUAUUAUACCUAUAAUCGUAAAUCGUACAUUUAUAGGAAUGUAUAAAUCAGGAUACAAAUAAUGUCGAAAUUUAAUAUAAGUUUGUUUAAUUCCGGAUAUUUUCGGAAUAAUAUCCGGAUAAAUGAAAGAUCGCAUAUAAACGACAUGUUAUGUAAUUUAAAAGAAUAAAAUUUUCUCCAUAUUUCAUACAUAUGCGUAUUGCUAUUAAGGAAUUCAAACAUCUCAAUACUGAAAAAACAACAGUGUGCAAAUGUAUUUAUAGAAUUACAUAAAAAGAGGAUGGAACAAUAUAUUCAUCUGUUAGAAUGUUGAUUACUGCUUACAAAUAUCUACUUGUAGAUAUAGUUCUUUGUUGGAAGAAAGGGGCUAAUUGCUGGCCAUUAGAUUGUAUUGCAUCGACAAUAUUGUAUUGUUCAUUAUUGUAGAAAGAUGUUAACUCUAAAUAAUUACAAUAUAUUAAUAUCAGCAAAAAAUUGCAAAAGCGCGCGCACGCACGCGUAUGUGUGUGUGUGUGUGUGUGUGUGUUGACGGGAAGCAGAAGUUCUCAUUUAAAAAUAGAGGGUUUUAUCCACAACUUUGUCCAGUUUACCAAGUUUAACUAAAAAAGUCUAACUAAAAGUCUAACUAAAAAAAUAUACAUAUCAGUUGUAACAAAAUUUUCAGAUCUACUCGAUACAUCUAAUGGAUUUUGUAACUUAAAAACAUAUUAUAUAUGUGUAAGAAUAAUGAUAAAUAUCGUACACCCGAAUCAUUGACAACAAUACAAAUCAUACGCAUUUCUACCAUGUUGAUAAAUUCACAGUAAAUAAUUACUUGGAGCUAAUUGUUAUUAAAGUUCGAAGUGGAAAAAUCCUAAAUAAUUAUUUCUGCAAUGUUACUGGAAUAACAAAUAUUGAAUAAAAUCAAAUAAACGCUGCACUUGGUAAUUACGUUAGCAUUUCGCUGCUGUUUAAAAAAUGACACUGGUUGUGGCUAGACGUUACUCGAUAAUUCUCUCUUCAUUAAG